CUUCCAGUUUUUUUCCCCUGGCUCCGCGCGGCCGCGCCGGCCCCUCAUCACCUGGGGGAAGAGUUCGUGGCGGCCUUCAUGCAAAACGGCUUGCGGCAGACGCUCCGCAGCGACUUCAAGCUGCUCAUCACGGGCUACUCGCCCUUCACCUCCGUCACCGUCUCCAUGAAGGAGCCGGCCUUGAGGGUGACGGUGCAGGCCACCGCGGGCCAAACCGUCCUGGUGAAGAUCCCGCCCCAGGCGGAGAUGGUGGGGAGCAAAACCUUCGACAACGCCGUGGCGGUGAAGGCCACCGGCGCCGUCUCCGUGGUGAUGGUCAACGAGAAGCCCAACUCGGCGGACUCCACCGUCGUGUACCCGGCGCCUAGCUGGGGCACCGAGUAUCGCGUCGUGACCCCCAACGUGGGCACCGAUCGCUACGGGGAGUUCGUGGUGGCCACGUGGGAUGAGCCGACCACGGUUGACGUCUACCUCAAAGCCACCGUGACCUACCAAGGCCGGUCUUACCCCCGGGGCUCCGUUCUCUCCAUCAAGCUGGAGCCUUUCCAAGCAGCCCAGCUCCAAAGCCCAGCCGACCUGUCCGGCACGAGAAUCGUGGCGCAGAAACCCGUGGCCGUCUUCAGCCACACUUGCCUGGCCAGAUUUACCCACUGCGACCAUUUGGCGGAGCAGCUCCUGCCCGUUCCCAGCUGGGGCACCGCGUUCAUCGUGCCGCCGUUGCCUUUCGAGACUCAGUCUGACAUCGUUUACGUCUCCACCGCCCGACCGACGAGCGUGGAGUCACAACACGGGGCCACCAAGACCCUCCGGCAGCUGCGGCCCGAUCGAUCGGCGCUUUACGGGCUCCAGGCCUCCAACGCCUUGUACCUCUCCGCCAACGCCGGCAUCCAGGUCAUUUUUUUUGCCGACGGCGGCGACAAAGACGCCGUCUCUUACGACCCGUUUUUUAUGACCAUCCCGGACGUCUCCAGCUACUGCCGCUCCUACAACAUCCUUACCCUGGACGGUUACGAGAAUUACGCCCUGUUGAUAGCCAAGACCUCGGAGACGACCGGAUUGACGCUCGACAAAAGGCCCUUGAGGGACGUGGCGUGGAAACCAGUCCCGGGUACCGAUUAUUCCUGGGCCGGGCCGAGUCUGGGGACGGAAUUUUCCGUCCACACGGUGGAACACAAGACGUCUCCCUUCGGUUUGCUCAGCGUGGGGAUCCGGGAGCAAAAAGCCUACGGGACGGCGGCAGUUUGCGACAGCGAUCCCUGCCGGCUGGUGAAAUGCCGAGCGAAGGAGACGUGCAGGCCGGAGAAGGGCGAGGCCUCGUGCGUGCACGACUACAUGGGAACGUGCACGGGGACGCAGGCCCCGCAGUAUCACACCUUCGACGGGCUGAGCGUGGACAUCCGGGGCGGCUGCGCCUACACCGUGGCCAAAUACUGCGGCAGCGACCCCGCCCUGACGCCUUUCCUGGUGGAGGAGGAGAUCAGCGACGGCCGCUUGAAGGAGGGGUUGGCCAACAUCUACGUCUACGCCUACAACAUCUCCCUCCACAAAGGACAAGGAGGCGAAAUCCAGGUCAACAACCAAGUCACCGACCUCCCGGUCACCCUGGACGCUGGGAAAAUCCAGAUUUCCCAAAACGAGGGUCGGACCGUCCUGCGAACGGAUUUCGGGCUGCAGGUGACU